AUGUACUUGGAAGGUGCUGUUUGCCCGGACCUGGUGCACAGACAAAUGGAUGCCCAGCAUCCUGACCGCGAAAAGCAUUGGGUCUCCUUUCCCGGGCUGCGCUUACAAUCCGAAGUUUUGGAGAGGGUCCGGUCCCAAGGACAGUGGUGGCGACAGAUUGUGAGCGCCAUUGAGAAGGAGUCCUCGAAUCAUUUGGGAAAGGCCUCUGCCAAUUACAAAGAACUCCAAGAGCAAAUGACUGCAGAAAGGACGAAAACUGCCAAGCUCUGUGAGAAAUCUGUUGAGAAGAAGAUGACCCGCAAGGAGUGUAUCGCGCUGCAUGACGAUCUACUGGAAGCUUACAUGAACAAGGAUUUUCAGGACAAGAUCAAGGCCGCUUGGGCAGCAGCUGAUGGCAACAAUGCCAAGCAGCAAAAAGCCAAGCGCCAGCUUUGUCUACCACUUCAACUUCCAAUCAUGGCAAAAUAUGGCUUUGAGGCCUCUGAGAAAGGUGUCUUCGCAUGCCUCUGGGCGGUUCGAACCACAUUUUUCAACUUCAAAAGGCCGGAGGAGUUUGACAGAGAACUCACCUUGAGGGCCGCCCUUUUGGACUUCCUCGUGAGUCCUGGCCAUUCGCUCCAUCCAGAGGUUGCCCAGUGGGCCGUGCAACACUACGCGGCCACGCCGGGCGCCGGCGCUGUGUGGAAGAUGCGGAAGGUCCAGACGUAG